AUGUCACAACCGAAAAGGCCGUAUAAUGAAUUUCAUCAAGAGCAGGCACAUUCACUACCCCUCACUACGUCCCAACAGCAAUUACUAAAGAAGGUAAGGCGUCCAAAUGGUGGGGAAGAACCUUCGGAGUUCGAAAGAGAGUUAUUGGAUAUGACACAAUCAGCGAAAGAGAUCGAACACGAAGAGGAUCAGAAAUGGGGAAGGCCUCCUUUGCCUGAAACAUUUGACCCAACUAUUGAUGAUGUUUCGUUUCAGCAAUUGGAUGCAGAAGAAUUUCAAAUAGGAGAUUACACUAUAGCUAGAUAUUUUGGCAUCACGGAAGAGGGCCAUUCAGUGUUGUGCAACGUUACUGGAUUUGUUCACUAUUUCUAUGUCCCCGUUCCAAAAGGAUUUUAUAAAGACCAACACCUCGAUCAAUUUUCUAGCUACCUCAGAGCAAACUACGAAGGAGUUGAAAACAUAGAAUUAGCCUUGAAAGAGUCAAUUUGGGGCUACAAUAAAAGUGUUAAGACUCCUUUCUUCAAAUUUUUUAUUAACAACACCAAAAAUAUUACCAAGUUGAGGUCAGCUUUUGAGAGAGGCGAAAUUAGAUUUGAAAACCUCUUCCCUCCUCAAAAUGUUUCGUACGAUAACAUUAACUACCUUUUGAGACUAAUGAUCGACUGUAAGGUGACUGGUAUGUCCUGGGUUACAUUACCAAAAGGUAAAUUUUCGUUGGUACACAGCAACGACAAGGUUUCCACCUGUCAAAUCGAAUGCUCGAUCAAUUACAAGGACUUGAUUUCACACCCUUCAGAAGGGGAGUGGUUGAAAAUGGCUCCACUUAGAAUCCUUUCAUUUGAUAUUGAGUGCGCAGGUAGAAAAGGUAUUUUUCCGGAAGCUGAACAUGAUCCUGUUAUCCAGAUUGCAAACGUUGUUCUGAAACAUGGUGAAUCUAGACCAUUUGUAAGAAAUGUUUUCACCGUGAAUACCUGUUCUCCUAUAAUCGGUUCCCAAAUCUUUGAACACGAGAAAGAAGAAGACAUGCUAAUGAAUUGGAAAGAUUUUGUUGUACUGGUCGAUGCUGAUGUCAUUAUUGGUUAUAAUACCGCCAAUUUCGAUAUUCCAUAUCUCUUGGAUAGGGCAAAAGCGCUAGGCUUGAGAAACUUUCCUUUCUUUAGCAGGUUGAAAAAUCUGAAGCAGGAGGCUAAAGAUUCCGUCUUCAGUUCUCGAGCAUACGGUACAAGAGAGAACAAAGUUGUUAAUAUCGAUGGAAGAAUGCAAUUGGAUUUAUUGCAAUUCAUUCAGCGUGAAUACAAAUUGAGAUCGUACACCUUAAAUUCUGUUUCUGCACAUUUCCUUGGCGAGCAGAAAGAGGAUGUUCAACACUCGAUUAUUACCGACCUUCAGAAUGGUACCAGUGAAACAAGAAGGCGUUUGGCUGUUUAUUGUUUGAAGGAUGCUUACUUGCCUUUAAGGUUGUUAGACAAGUUGAUGUGUCUUGUCAACUAUACCGAAAUGGCUAGAGUUACAGGAGUACCCUUUUCCUAUUUGCUUGCAAGAGGCCAGCAGAUUAAAGUCAUAUCUCAACUUUUUAGGAAGUGCUUGGAGGAAGACAUCGUCAUCCCUAAUAUGAAAAGUGAAGGAACCAAUGAAGAAUACGAAGGCGCAACAGUUAUCGAGCCCAGUAGGGGCUACUAUGACGUUCCCAUAGCUACUCUUGAUUUCAGUUCGUUGUAUCCUUCUAUAAUGAUGGCACACAAUUUGUGCUACACUACCUUAUUGAACAUUCAAACUAUCAAAGCAUUUAAUUUAACCGAAGAUGACUAUACACGAACUCCAAACGGAGAUUACUUCGUCAAGGAUCAUAAGAAACAGGGUAUUUUGCCAACUAUUUUAAAUGAAUUGUUAACUGCCAGAAAGAAAGCGAAGGCUGAUCUCAAGAAAGAAACCGACCCAUUUAAAAGAGAUGUACUCAAUGGUAGACAAUUGGCUCUUAAAAUUUCAGCCAAUUCUGUCUACGGUUUUACGGGCGCAACUAUAGGUAAAUUACCUUGUUUAGCGAUUUCUUCUUCAGUCACAGCCUUUGGAAGAGAAAUGAUAGAGAAAACAAAAAAUGAAGUUCAGGAAUUUUAUUCCAAGAAGAAUGGUUACCCAUAUGAUGCGCAAGUCAUUUACGGUGAUACCGAUUCUGUUAUGGUGAAAUUUGGUUACCAGGAUUUAGAAACAUGCAUGAAGUUGGGUGAAGAAGCCGCUAACUACGUUUCUACUAAAUUCAAGAAGCCCAUCAAAUUGGAAUUCGAGAAGGUCUACUUUCCUUAUUUGUUGAUUAACAAGAAGAGAUACGCUGGUUUAUAUUGGACGCGCCCUGAUAAAUUUGAUAAGAUGGAUACCAAAGGUAUAGAAACAGUCAGAAGAGAUAAUUGCAGACUUGUUCAAAAUGUUAUCACUAAGGUAUUAGAAUUCAUUUUAGAAGACAGAGACGUGGAGAAAGCCCAACGUUUUGUUAAACAAACUAUUGCCGACUUAUUGCAGAAUAGAGUAGAUUUGUCUCAAUUGGUUAUUACCAAAGCAUAUGCCAAACAUGACUAUGCUGCAAAACAGGCACAUGUUGAAUUAGCAGAAAGAAUGAAGAAGAGAGAUGCAGGUUCAGCACCAACUCUUGGUGAUAGAGUUGCAUAUGUUAUUAUUAAGGGCUCAGGAAGCGACAAAAACUACGAAAAAUCUGAAGAUCCAUUAUACGUUUUGGAGAAUUCGUUACCGAUUGAUGUGAAGUACUACUUGGACAAUCAGUUAACCAAGCCUCUUGAGAGAAUUUUUAAUCCAAUUUUAGGGGAUGCUAAGACUAAAGAAUUAUUAGCGGGAUCUCACACCAGAACGAUUAAGAUGUCUGCUCCGAAAACUGGUGCAUUGAUGAGAUUUGCAAAAAAGUCGGAGGUCUGCGUCAAUUGCAAAACACCUCUCAGAUCAGACAACCAUGGCGCAUUAUGCCCAAACUGUAUAAGAGAAGGAAAGGGUCCAACUUUGUACGGAAAUGCGUUGUCCCAAAUGAACUAUUUGGAGAACAAAUUUUCCAGAUUGUGGACUGAAUGUCAAAGGUGUCAAGGGUCCUUGCACCAAGAAGUUUUGUGUUCGAACAAUGAUUGUCCGAUCUUUUACAUGAGAAAGAAAGCUCAAAAAGAUGUUCAUCAACAGUCAAUGGAACUUGUGAAGUGGGAGAAUACAGUUUGGUGA